UGCGCUAAAAAGAAAUGCAGUAAAAAAAGGCAAUCAUUAAAAGACGAAAAUAGAAGUAGCACACAAAGAAGAGGAAGCAAGCAAGCAUAAUUAUGUGUACGAAAAGUUAAAAAAAGCAAGUUGAAAGGCAAAGCGGAACGCUGUGCAUUAAAAAUAAAACGCUCGAGUGCUUCACACAUACCACCAUAGAUAAGUACACAAAACACUUGGGCAUACACAUACACACACACACGUAUACACACGACGCACUCAACGUCGCAAUCUAGUGAUUUUAUAGUCCUCCGCAAGGACGUCGGCGACGGCACAAACGCAGUCUUCGUCAGUCGCUCACACGGACCGCGCGCGGGACGGCCAGCCGUUGCCACACUAACUUAAACGUUUGUAAAAUGCUGCAUCAAUUGCAAGCGCAGCUACAAAAUGCUACUGAAAAAAUAUGUCAAAAAUCGACGAAAGUUGAAAAUACUCUUUCUGCUCAUGGUCAUAGCGCUGAUUGUGAUUACCGUGGUCAUACUGAACAUCUCGCCCAAUGUGAGCUCCACUGAACGCGUGCUCGACGAACGCUUCAUAGCGCGCAUCUAUGGCGGUGGCGGCGGCGGUGGUGUUGUCAGCGGUGUGGGCAGCCAAGACGGCCGCUUGGAGCAGCCACCACUGAAAUCGCCGCGCCAAAAUGGCGUUAUUGUGCCCGAGAAGUAUGACGAACACAAGGUGAAGGCGCGCAUAGCACAGGAGCGUGUGCUGCAGCUGCGCCAGGAACAGCAGCGUAACGCCGUUGAUGCGGGUGAGGAACGCACCAAACUGGAUGCCGUCACGACGGGUGUGCAUAUUUUCUACAGCGCGCCUGUCGCCUGGUAUAAGACGAAGAAGCCGCAGCUGGUCGCACCUCAGUUGCAGCUGCGUGGCGCCGCCAAAGAGUUGCUGAACGAUGUUUCCGACGCCGUCCUAUCAUCAGCUUCAUCAUCACCAACUUCAGGUCUAACAUCGCCAACAACUACGACCACGACGGUGAAACCAGUGCGUAUACUUAACACCGCAUUCUAUCCGGCUUUGGGGCUGUACAAGCCCACAACCAGUUUGCUGCAGAAGCAUUUCGAUAACAUACACAAUUGCGGCAUUGGUGUGCUCAUACUCAGCUGUAGCGGCAAAGCGGGCGAGGUGGAACUCUAUCGUCAGCUGUUGGAACUGGCGCCUAGCUACAAUUUGAGCAUUACCUUUGAGAUCAGUGUGGCGGGCAAUCAGAGCGUGGAGUUUUUGCAGCAGCAAUUGGAGGCGGUGCGUCGUUACGCCACCGCCGAGAGUUUCUAUCGUGUUUAUUCGUUGGCGCGUAAGCGCUUGGUGCCAGUGAUUUACGUAAGCAACGCUUAUAAGUUGAAUGAAACGCCGGCUGGUCGUGCUUUGUGUCAAACGCAUCCGGAGACGUUGAGGCGCAUUUUCGAUGCCUACUUUAUUGGGCAUAUUCGUCUCAAAAACCAUGUGGAUAUCAUGCGACGACUCUGCUUCGAGGGCUUCUACAAUAAAUUACCAAGUAAUGGCGCCACAUUUGCGAGCACCUGGAAGAACUGGUCAUAUUUGAAGUCCUUCGCAUUAACAUACAAAAUGUUAUUUGUGCCAACAGUGGGACCAGGUUUCGCGGAACGCAAUAAAUUCCCACGACACGGUGAUAUACAAAGGCAUCGCAGCAAUGGCAGGUAUUAUGGCGUCGCUUGGCGCACAGCCAUACUCAACCACGUGGGUUUCAUUAACAUCGCCAGCUACAAUAAUUGGCCGGAUGGCAGUCAAAUCGAGGAGGUCAUACCGAAAGCAGGAUUUCUGGACUAUAAUCCGGGGGCGAAAACUAAGUAUAUCGAUUUGACAACACAUUGGGUGGGUAAUUUCUUAAAGACGCGUCAUGAGGCGGCUGCUGUUGCUGUUCUCGGCCAGCCAAGUUGUUAUGAAUUCUUGAAUAAUACAAUUUGUUGAAUGCCAGUUGGGUUAAAAAAAAAAAUCAGAAAGAGGAAACAAUAUAAAAAAAUCGACAAAAAAGUUGAAAAGCAUAAUAAAUAAUUAAUUAAUUAUUAUUAAAUAAUAUUAAAAAAUACGAAUAAAAAAAUUAAAUAAAAAUACAAAUAAAAAUUGAAUUAAAUAUACAAGUAAAUAAAAAAUCAGUUUAAAUAAUGAAAUUAAAAAUCUAAAAAUAAAAAAAACAUAUAUAUAAAACAUUUUAAAAAUCCAAAAUUAACUACAAAAAUUAACACUUUGCUUAAAAGUGAGCUCUGUAAACUAUCUGCAACUACGGCAACAACAACAAAAGUUCAAUGAUCAUAUUACUUUCUUCGAAAUUAAUUGAGAUAUAUACAUAUAUAAAAUAUAUAUAAACAAUAACUUUAUAUAAUGAAGUCAUAUUAAAUUGGCCGACGCCAUUAAACAUUUUGCUGUGCAUUAGAAACUUUAUAUUUAUACUAAAAUAUGCAGAUUAAAUAUAUUAAUAACUAGUAUACUAAACAUUUAUAUACUCUACAUACAUACUUAUAAAAAUUAUUAUAAAUAGUAGGUAGUCUGAGCAAGUGUGCUAGAGAGCCUUAAGUAGUUCUCAACGGGGUGGUUUCCUAGACAGUUAAUAAUUUUUUUUUCCCAAUUUUGAGCUUUUGAAGGCGUGACUGUACAGACUGUAGUGACAGGGAGAGAUUAUUAUGCUUCUUUUUCUGCUGACCCCUUUCCAUAUAACUGGUAUAUACAUACAUAUAUUGUAUCAAUAUAUAAAAUAUAUAAACCUUCAUUGGAUUCAUGUUUCCAAUAGGGAUCAGAUCGCUUCGCUAGCACCCAGCAGUAUAUUGGACUUUAUCAAUAUGCCGGGGCUCGAUGAGACUUUGUGAUUUAGCAGAGGGCGCAAUAGAUCGUCGCGGUGCAUUCCUCGUCUACCAAACAAUCAAUGUCAGAUGAAUAUAUAUUUUGCCGAAAACUUCCUCAAAUCAUUCAGAAUAUCGCCUUUUUAAAUCAUGUUUCUCGCAAAAAGUUUGAGAUUUCCACGUAAUGUGCAAUUUCCAGUAGGUUCCAUAAAGUAACAAUAAACUUCUCAGCGAAUCCUGAAAGAAAGCAUUCUUUUAUUUCCAUUAUGAUCGCCCCCUCGAGCUUCUCUAAGUCGUUAAAAUGCUUAACCACUUCUUCAGUGUAAGGUUGAUGCCAAAUCUACGCCAUAAAAAAAGUGAGAGCUUCCACCAUGAGUCUUUUGAACUAUGAGGCUUCAUUAUUUCUCUAAAAAUUCCACUUCUUUAUGGAGGCUGUAAUAGUAGAACUAUACUGUGUUCUUAAGUACAUGUCCAAAGGUAAAUUUUAGAGAUGUUAAGCGUGGAUUCAAACGUCUAUAACAGAAAUAAGCCCAAUUUAGCCACAGCGAGCUUGGGUUCUCACAUUCCUUAUUUUCCGUUCAGUAUCACUGAGUUAAGAAAUUUCUACUGACCUUUGAGCUACAUAUAUUUGGUUACUUAAGUCCUUUUUGAUAGCUUCCUUUUAUAUAUCAAUGAAAUUUCUACAGUGAAUCAAACAAAGUUGGGUUAUUUAUCAGAUAAUCUGUGUACCAAAAUAGAUCAUUCAAUAAAUGAUAGGAUCUAUGUUCCAUAAUCGUGGAGAGACCAGAUUUUAAAUUUUAAUACGUUUAAGAUAGUAUUUUUAAACAUUAAAGGGAAAGUUUUCGAAAUAAUAGAGAGUGCAAGGUCAGCUUUCUCGAGUCUAGCAAUAUAAACCAGGUUUUCAAGGAGGAUUUUUGUGAGUGAUAUAUGUAAAAUAGUAUAGAGAUUGUGAAAAAAUCAACCCUAACAAUUUUGUUCCUUCCAAAUGUUCAUUAUGUUUUUUUGGCCGCUGCUGGGGUGAGGUCCUAAGUCGAAUAUAAAUAAUUAUAUGCAUUUUUACUAAACGUAGACCGAUAAGAGAACGUACCAAGUGUGUAUAAUUUAAUUUUGGUACGGCAUUAGGACGGAUUUCUUAUCACAGUGGUCAUAGCAGAGAUUAACAAUAUAGUCAGGACCCAAGAUUAUACGCUUUAUGAAGGCUGCUAUCGGUUCUCUCACACAUUGAUAUUCCCUUUUAUUUAACAUAAAAUGACCUCUAAGCAUCUAAUAGCCAGAUAUAUUUUCAAAUAAUCAAAUUUUCUGCCAUCCAACUGCUCUAGCACACACUCUUAAUAGUCGUCUUCGAUUCGCCACUACUCUGCUCAUUAAACUCCCGUGUUAAGACAUUAACAUUGGUAAUCAAAAUAAAUACAAGACAGUAUGCGGAUAUUUCAACAAGCUAUAAGUAAGUCAGUAAGUCAGCUGUUUGUUCGAUUCGCCACUUUCCAAAUUUUUGGCGAUUGGAAGACAGCGAAAUAAAGCUAUUAAAUACUUUACAACAAUACUUAAAUACUCACGUAUUUAUAUAAGACGAAAUGUGUUAAAUCAACUCCAAUAAUUGCCAAUUGUAUUAGCUACUCUUAUAUUACAUAAUAUCUAAUAGAUAUUACUUAUAUAUGAAAAGUAAAUUCUUCUAAUAUUCUAAAUAAAAUCGCAAUAUAACUAAGAUAAUAUUAAAAAGUCGAAAAAUCAUUCGAAAGCAAUUGUUAGUUUAGUAAAAUCACUUGUUAUAAGAAAGUUUGAGCCACAAAGUGGACCUUUUUCAAAUUCAAUCAAUUAUUUAAGGAAAUCUUAAGCUACUCUGCUGAUAAGCAUAAACCAUGCACACUAUCAUUAUCUCUACGAGAAAUAAAGAAACCUUGUAGAAUUUCAAAUUUUAUUAUUCUAUAACUAAAAUACUAAUAACUUCGUUUAUACUCUUAUAUACAUAUACAUACAUAAGUACUUUACUAUAUAAUAUAUAAAUACAGGCAUAUAUCAAUAGCUUUAAAUAGUGUAGCGCGACUAAAAAUAAAUAAAUUUAAAUAUUAAAAUAA